AGAAGCCGUAUGCUUCCGAAUACCUAUGGAGAGAUAGUGCUGAUGGCUGGUACUAUGUGCUCUCCGGCUCGACCUAGCCAUUGCAAUCAGGGGGCGCCUCUGCGUUAUGUAGCUUUGGCGAUAUGUUAUUCAAAGCUAAAAUGAAUCCGCCAAACCAGCUUGCCACGAAAGAACACGUUACGCUACAGUGGCUUCAUAAGCAAAAGACCUAUUUAUUUCUAUCCCGAAUACCUGGUAUACCGUUGAACGAGGCCUGGCAAGAAAUGGAUGAGGAUAAGAAGCAAUAUUGCGUUUGCAAGAUCGUGUAUAUAGAUGCGCUACAAGUAAGCAGCAAGAACAACCUGGGAAUGGACUGUUCUACGUUCGUCUUUUCCCAUAAUGAUCUCAGCCCAACAAAUAUUAUCGUCGAUCAAAAAGGCGUAAUUGGAAUUAUCGACUGGGAACUAGCCGAAUACGUUCCGCGAGAAUGGAUUAGAACCAAGUUUGGCGUAUCAUGGGGGCUAGAUUUUGAAUAGCCUGGAGUUGAGGACGCAUUAAUACAGGCUUGGAAAACGACGUUAAGAACGCGGUGGGCUUCGAAAAGGGCGGCUAAGUGAUUGAAUGCUCACUUGUCAUUGUAGAAGAUAUCUCUUAGUAUCUUACUUCUAUU